UGGCAAACACACAGCAACAGCUGAAGAGACGGCGCUCGCCGUGUGGCACCAGCAGGAAGUGGUGAUGAAACAACAAAGGCAGAAAAGCAGAAGUGCGUCUGGUACAUCGCAGACAGGGCAGACAGCGAAAACAUCGCAGUGCAGGGGCGUGUGAUGAGCGGAGGGUCGCACUUCACGCCAGCAGCAGGCCGGACGCCGCAGGACAACGCCCCCUCGUGUUGAUCAACGCUGAUCAGUAAGUGACCUUUGACCUCCGCUGCAGCAGUAACCACCCGCCUGGUUUGAACGUCGUAUUGAUGCGGUCGAUGGUCUUCGUCAGCUUCUCGGAGUGUCGCCAUGACGAGUAACUGCUCCUUCAACGAGACGGACCACCUGAUGCAGACGCUGGAGCUGCUCAUCUACGUCCCCGUCUUCUUCUUCGGCCUGGUUCUCAACGCCGCCGCGCUGCUGGUCUUCUGCGUCUUCCUGCGGAAGUGGACCGAGUCGACCAUCUACAUGACCAGCCUGGCCCUGAUGGACCUGCUGCUCCUCUUCCCGCUCCCGUUCAAGAUGCACGCCGCCCAGCACCGCUGGCCGGCGGGCCUGCAGCCGCUCUGCUCCGUCCUGGAGAGCCUGUACUUCGUGGGGAUUUACGGCAGCAUCUACACCAUCACCUGCAUCGCGGUGGACCGCUGGGUGGCCAUCUGCCACCCCUUCAAGGCCAAGCAGCUGCGCUCCCCCCGGGCGGCGCUGGCGGCCUGCGCGGCGGUCUGGCUGCUGGUGGUGGCCGCCAUCGCCCCGACCAUGUACCGCUUCAGGGACGGCGGCCACGCCGACUUCCACUGCUUCCACGGGUUCUCGCCCAAGGGCUGGAGGCCGGCGGUGAUCGCGUGCGUGCAGGUGUUCGGCUUCCUGCUGCCGGCUGCCGCGGUGGUCUGCUGCUCGGCGCAGACCAUCUGGACGCUGCAGCGCUCGGGCCAGCGCAGCGCCCAGAGCCGGGCCUGCGUCAAGAUCAUCUACAGCAGCCUGAGCGCCUUCCUGCUGCCCUUCACCCCGAGCCACAUCGCCAUCUUCCUGCAGUUCCUGGUCCACCAGAGGCUGAUCGAGGACUGUGGACACCAGGCCCGGAUCAGCCUGUUCAUCCAGCUGGCUCUGUGUUUGUCCAACGUCACCUGCUGCCUGGACGCCCUCUGCUACUACUUCAUCGCCCACGAGGUGAGGAGCACCAAGCACCUGCGGGCGUCCGUCAUGGGCCUCAGGAGGGCCACCUCCAGCACCUCGGAGCUCUGAGGAGGAGGAGGAGGAGGAGCUGCACUAGCAGGUCAGAGUGGAACCUGAACUCACCACAGCUGAACAUGGCCCAGCAACAGGAAGCUCUAGACUCCCCUGUGACCUUGAACACAAGACGGGGCUGCAGGAAGAGAGAAGCCCCACACACACACACACACACACACACACGACGCCUUUACAUUUUCUUUUUGUUAAGAUCAAAUCUAAAUGACUAUUGUGUAUAAAUGUAAUAUCAGAGCCGCUGUCACUGGACUCACUCACAGCACGGCUCGGGUUUGAACCCUGCACCUUCUCUCUGUGAGGCGUGCGGCCCACUGCACCAUGACGUGGAACAUCAUCAGAAUGAAAGGAAAUGUUUGACAAGUGAAGCGAAGUUUGCAGCAGAAGCAAAGAGUUUCUUCUUUUACAGAAUCCAAAUUAGCAUAUAUUUAGUGAGUGCUUGUCACUUUGUAUUUGCAUGUGUGUGUGUGUGUGUGUGUGUGAGAGUAUUCAGUUAUAGCUGACCUCUAAAUGGAGCUGUUAGCCUUAAAUGUGCAAUAACAGUGAUGUGUCUGAGACAGUUUGGAGGUCUGAGAGUAUUUUUAUAUUCGUGAAUGAAGUCAGACAUGAAGACAGGUGUGACGAUGAGCAGAUUAUCUGUGCAUUAAAAAUGUUCUUAAUCUACUGAACCGUCUGUAAACAGCUCUGUGACUCAAAGGGUUAACCACUGCACCGAUCAAAGCAGACAGAUUUAAUCGAAACGGAUGUUUCUUUUGGCAGAUUUGAAAUCCGAGCAUGGGAGGAUGAAACAGUUUGAGAUUAAAAAUCUGAAGCAAUGAGGCCGUAGGAGCUCCGAACAUCAAACCAUCGCAGUGUUACUCAGCAGGACAGAGACGCGUCAUUUAAAAUGUUUUCACUCCCACAGUGCUUACAAAACUUGAAUUCAUCACCUGACUUUCAGGAAGUCACACUGAAAGUUUUUUUUUUUUUUUUUUUAAUGUUUCUAUUUCAAAGGAAACAACCCUGUGGUUUUUCGCCUCAGAAAAAAAACCCUGAUUUUUUUGUAUGACCUGGUUUCGGUCUUUGAGGACUUCAGUCGUUUUAAUUUCUUUUGUGAAUUUUCCAGUUUGCAGAAGUGUGCUCGUGGUUGGACUUUUUUCUUACUCUUGUCAUGUCUUCACCAUCACAGGCUGCUGACGCCUUGUUUUUAAUUCUAUUUCCAGUAUCUCUGAUUUCUCUCUCCUGCACUGCCGUCGGUUUGGAUUUCUAGUGUUUCAUUCGGUCCACCAGCUGAUCAGGAUUAUAGAUUUUCUUCUGAUUCCCUCCAACAUUUAAAAAAAAAAAUACCUGCUGAUGUUAUGAACCACAUAUCGUCAAUGUUUUUAUCAUUAUUAGUAAAACACUGUGGAGGACUUUUCCUGAGGAUUUUGUUCAAUAAAUUCAAAAAGUCUUUAAUCUUAAUCAUUUUGAUAUCUGUAGUUCAUUUGUCUAUUUUUUUUAUUGUAUUUAUUCUCAGCUGUUCUAUAUUUGAUGAAUUCUCUACAGAGUGUGUUCUUUUCUCCUGAUGUGUCUGAAUGUUGAUUUCUAGAGAACCAGACGUUCUCCCGCUGCAGCGUCUUUUUCUUCUCUGUGCCGAGCUCUGCUGUCAUGCAUCCAUUGCUUUUCUCACAUGUCGUUGCGUUGAGUCUGUUCUGUAUUCUCCAUGUUGAACUCACGUCUCCGAGAUGGAAACAGUUCUGACAGUUUGUCUGAGUCGACCCAGAUAAAGUCUGGUGUGGUUCGAGCUGGUUUCUGCUCUGUUUGAACCGUCCUGCUGUCCUCCGAGCAGCAGCAGUCACCGUCCCGUCGACCUCCUCCUCCAUGCCCUGAUGUUUGAACUCAGUCGAAGUUUUCAGUUAUAGACGAUCUCAGCUCACAGUCAGUCAAACCUUAUUCAAUAAGGACUCCUGGUUCGGUGGAAACGGUUAGUCUUUAAACGUACUGACUGUCUCUCCUUUCUUCACUCAUGCUGUCCUGUAUUCUGUUCCUCUCUGCUGUAGCAGCUGUCAGAUAUCACAAUCACCUCCACACGGUCGCAAGUGGCUUGUUUUUAGCUUAACGGCAUUAUUUCUAGCUUUGUUUUGUUGUUUUUAGUGCACUACUUGUAUGUUUGUUUAUUAAGAAAAACUUCAAAAUGAAGUUGGAAAAUAAAGCGAACAUCUUGACACGCUUUCCUGUAAAAAGACUCUGUAGAAGUUUUCACCUUUCAAAAUAAAGACACACAAUAAAACUUUGAACCCCCCCCCCC